AUGUUCAAAUACGUCGUCGUUCUGCUGGCCCUCAUUGCCGCCGUCUUCGCCGCCCCGAGACCGCAGGUCCUGCUCGCUCCGGCCUCCUACAGUUACAGCGAUAGCUAUCGUGCCCCGGCCACGACGGUUUACUCGUCCGCUCCGCUGUAUCCGAGUGCCUACUCUACGUCGUAUGCCGCACCGGCUCUUUACAGUGCGUCUUAUCCGGCCGCUUACGUGUACUAG